AUGUCGAAUCCCGCCUCCUACGACGCUCACCGGCGGUCAGCCGUGUUCAGUCGUCAGCCAGAGGAGCUUCACAUUCCAUCAACCGGGCUAAUCAAUCCAAACUUGUCCCGCCAAUCCUCCUCGCACGAUUAUUCCACCACACCGGACGCAGGUGCCCGGCUUCCCUCGAUCAACGUACACCAGAGCUCCCAGUACGGUGGUGACGGGAACAGCAGCAGCAGUGCCCUCCCCGGAGCCCUGCAGCCAGGGAAUCAGAGCCGUCCAGCUGCGGUAUCAGUAAAUACCGCUCCAUCAGUCGUCCCUACCAUGUCGCAGUCAUCAUCGCAAACCAAUCACCGAGCCAGCAUGAUUAAUUCACAUGGACAUUCACGAUCUAGCCCGGCCGGGUUCGACCAAUCCAUGUACAAGCAACAUGGUGCGCCCGAUGGCUCCAAAUAUCCCUCUUCUCCUGGAGCGUUUCCGCCUCAUACCCCGCAAGGCUCCAAGUAUUCUCCGCUUGGCCUGGCGGAUAUUCGACCAUCUGGUGAACACAUGUUGAGCGAGGCACUUAUGAAUCCUGGAAUGUCAUCGAUGUCUUACAAUAAUGGAGACAACCAGGUGCCGACCAACAGCAAUUACGUGGCACCAUGGCCUAUAUACGCAGUGGAUUGGUGCAAAUGGCCCAUUACAGGCAACUCGGGCUUUGGUGGAAAGCUAGCCAUGGGAAGCUAUUUAGAAGACAGUCACAACUAUAUUCAAAUCCUUGAUGCACACUGGACCCAACCAGAUCCUGACACCCCAGAUGCGGCUGCGGGAGAAAUCAAAUUAGACUAUGUGAAGACGGCCGAGGCGACACACUCUUACCCGGUUACCCGCAUCCUCUGGGAGCCUCCCUCAUCUCAGAAGCAAUCGACUGAUUUGCUGGCCACGUCAGGAGAUCACCUUCGGCUAUGGUCAUUGCCGAAUUCUCAGCCUCUCCAAAGCUCGAACUCGAUCACUCGUCCUAUGAACCAGCGAGACCCAGCCACCUCCAAGCUUUCUCCGUUGGCUUUGUUGUCCAACUCAAAAUCUCCCGAGCACACUGCUCCCAUCACCUCUCUUGACUGGAACACAAUUUCUCCGAGUCUGAUCAUUACUUCAAGCAUUGAUACAACGUGCACCAUUUGGGAUAUUCCCACAUUGACAGCGAAGACGCAACUGAUUGCCCACGACAAGGAGGUGUAUGACGUUCGUUUCUGUGCCAACAGUGUCGAUGUUUUUGUAAGCUGCGGCGCUGAUGGCAGUGUGCGAAUGUUUGAUCUGCGAAGCCUUGAACACAGCACAAUCAUCUACGAGCCGACGGAUAAGAACGAGAAGCUGAUGAGCCCUGGGAGCUCUAGCCCCCCUGGCCAAUCGCAGACCGGCCUCUACCCCCCUCCUUUGUUGAGAAUCGCAGCAUCCCCCCAUGAUGCCCAUCUCCUAGCAACAUUCUCACAGGACUCUAGUGUUGUCCGCGUUCUCGACGUCCGGCAACCUGGCCAAGCCCUAUUGGAACUGAAGGGCCACUCGGCUGCCUUGAACUGCGUAGAGUGGUCCCCAAGCCGUCGCGGCAUCCUCGCAUCUGGCGGUGACGAUAGCAUGGUUCUCCUCUGGGACCUCAUUAACCAACACAAUGCUGCGCCAGUCGCUUCCCCUCCCUCCGCAACCCCAGGAGCACCGCCUUCCACAACCUCGGAGCGCGGCCCAGCCUGCGUCUGGCAGAGCGAAUACGAAGUCUCCAACAUAAGCUGGUCCCCACAAGGCGGGCCUAAUCACAAUGGUCAGCCACGGGAAUGGCUGGGAGUGUGCGGCGGACGAGGACUAACGGGUGUUGCGUUAUGA